AAUCACAGAGCAGGACCAAGAUGGAGGGAGGAGCCAACACACCAUGCGUCCUUCCAUAAAUGAAAGAAAAUCAGUGCGGCGUCCCGAAACGUUCAUCUGAAAUUACUGCAGGCUCGUAGAGAUUUAGUCAAAAGCUCAUCAUGUCAGACAAGAAGGCGGUGAUCAAAAAUGCAGACAUGUCUGAUGAAAUGCAGCAGGAUGCAGUGGACUGUGCCAUGCAAGCCAUGGAGAAGUACAAUAUCGAGAAAGAUAUUGCUGCAUAUGUCAAGAAGGAAUUUGACAAGAAAUACAACCCGACAUGGCACUGCAUUGUUGGGAGGAACUUUGGUAGCUAUGUGACCCACGAGACGAAGCAUUUCAUCUACUUCUACUUGGGUCAAGUGGCUAUUCUGCUGUUUAAGUCCGGCUGAGAUGUAAACCAGCAGCACACUGUACGCCAGCCUCCGCCUUUCUGCAGACAUACUAUGUAGUGUUUCCCUGCCAACUCUGUUAUUUCAUGAUGGUAGUGUUGCACUUAGGGGGUAAAAUAGUCUGGACUGGUGAUCUAUCAUUUGGAAGAUGUGGAGCUCUCUGGUGGCUAAACUCCCACUGGAUUUAUUUAUGACUCGUAUGUCUGAAUGUUUGCCGUGUGCUGAUGCACCGAGCCAUCUAGUUCAUUUACAUCUAGUGAUGAGUUAUUUUAAUUGCAUUAGGAUGAGCAACAGAGUUUAUGUUAAAAUGCCUUUAAUUUCCCAGUAGCAACCAAACUAGAUGCCAAAAACUGUUGUGUGGUCCCUUAAUAAAGGUUAUGCUACAGAAAACAUUGAUGGGAGAAUGCGUUAACAUUCCUGUGUACAAUGAUUAUUGGUAAAUAUGUUAUGUGUUACUGCUGCUUAUUAUGGAAUGUAGCUGCUGUCUUGUUUUGGAAUAUUUUCAAUCUACAGCUCAAAUCUGAAGCACAACUUGGAGACAUUAAAAUUGAUGAAAUUGCUAAAA